AUGGGGCAAGACACCAAUAUGCUAAACGCCCACCAACAGUUGGUCAGGAGACCUGGGCAAGACGCACGGCAGCAGGCUCCGGGGACGGCCACAGGUCUGCUCAAGCUCCUCUCAAGCACCCACCACACUGAGCAGAGGAGUCUUGGGAGCGGUGAUGGUGUUAUCCACGCCCAGAAGCAGAGGUCUCGGAGUGCGGGGCAGACACCAAAGAAGGACCGGAGGCUCAGAGGCCGGAACAAGAAAGGGCAAAGCUCUGCGGAAGCUGAGGAUCUCAUCCCCUCUCCUCCUCGGAAACCCUCCUUCCCCUUCCAGUGGGCCUGGGAGAGCUUCACCACAGAUGGCCGGGUCCUGCAUCAGCCGAGCUCCGUCUCGGCCCCUGGCCACCAGGCCCUGCCCUUGCCCCCGGCGGUCCAUCACCACAAGUUCCGGCACAAGUCCACGGCCGCCCUCCCAGAGGCCCACGGCUUCUGCUGGAAGACAGACGGGCAGAACCUGGAGAGGAGACAGCAGCUCAGGUCCAGCAGCUGCACCUCCAUCCCUCCGGGCAGGGGAAAGAGCCAGGAGCUGGAGCCGCCCAGGGAGUCAGGCCUGCAGUCGCCCAGGAAGUCCUCAAGGUCCGGGUCGGAGCCCGAGGAGUCUGAGCCAGAAGACCCGGGGGCCGAGGAGGCCGAGAGGGGUCUGAUUCCAGGGGAACUGCCCCAGCUCCCCAGGAGGGGGUUGAUCUUGGAGGAGGAACAGUUUUCAGAGGCCACAGAGGAGGCCGAGGACGGGGAACACCAGGCCCCCUGGAGAAGGAGAACCAGUUCUCGAAGAAAGGGGCGGAAUUCUGGUGAGGAGGCCUGGGAUGAGAGUGAAGUGCGGUGCCUGGGGAGCGUUUCCAGCUCCACCAACCUCCGAGGACCUCAGAGGAGGAAGCCAAGGGCCAAGGAGCUGGAGGGGCCGUGGGACCUGGAGAAGCUGCAGAGGCAGCUGCAGCAGGAGUUGGACUGUGGCCCGGAGAAACAGCCCUGGAAGUCUUUGCGGGCUGCUGUUCAGGCCUCCAGCUGGAGCAAGAAGGCCCACGCCUUGGGAGAUGAUGAGACUUUUCUGUUUGCAAACUUCCCUACCCGCACCUUCCACAAACGACAGGAGGCUACCAGAAACCUGCUGCGGGCCUGGGAGCGGCAGCAGCAGGAAGAGCGGCAGCAGGCCGAGGUGCGGCGGGCCCGGGAGCAGCGAGUACAGCAUCAGGUGGCUCGUUGCCUGGCAGCCUACGCGCCCAGAGGGAGCCGGGGGCCGGGGGCUGCCCAGCACAAGCUGGAGGAGCUGAGGCGCCAGGAGCGACAGCGCUUUGUUGAGUACCAGGCAGAGCUGCAAGGCAUCCAGCACCGGGUGCAGGCCCGGCCCUACCUGUUCCAGCAGGCCAUGCAGCCCUGGGGCCCCCUCACCCAGGUGAGAGAGGGGACCCCUCUGCUUUCUCCUCAGGCCAACGCCCGGCUCAACGUGACCCGCCGCUUCUCCCAGGUGCUGUCGGCGCUGGGACUGGAUGAGGAGCAGCUGCUGGCCGAGGCGGGCAAAGGGGACAUGGAGGGCGCCCCCAGGAAGCACAGGAGCCACAGGUCAGUGGGGGCGAGAAUGGAGCCCUCAUCUCAGAGCCCCCCAAAAGUGGAACCCAAUGGCAGCCAGGCUGGCCAGCACUUCGCCCCAAAUCCAGACCAAGAGUUGAAUCCCUGA